UGUCAUCUAUGGUGGGUUCUUCCAACAACGUUGUAGUGCCGCCAAGUUUUUUUAGUCUGCAGCUACCAUCUGGUGAUGGAGGUUGGGGUUUUACAGACGACAACAUUAAUGAUAUUGAUAAUAAUGUUCCUGGAAAAAACAAACGAAAGAGGCAGUAUACUCAUCGUAAGACGUCUGUGUAUUCUUUCCCUACAAAUGUUAAGAACUUGCUAUCCACUGGGAUCUUUGAAGGUGUUCCUGUGAAGUAUGUUUCCUGGUCCAGAGGGCAUAGUCUUAAAGGAGUCAUAAAAGGGACCAAUUACCUCUGCUCAUGUGAUCGCUGCAAAAUGACCAUGGCAGUGAAUGCUUACGAGUUCGAGAAGCAUGCUGGGUGGGACACAAAACACCCAAAUAAUCAUAUCUACUUUCCUUCUGGGAAGUCCCUUUAUUCUGUAGUGCAGGAGCUGAAGGUCAUUCUUGAGAAUGAUUUGUUGUUUGAGGCCAUUCAAACUGCCAGUGGAACGCCCAUUAACAUCAAGAACUUCAAUGCCUGGAAAGCUUUAUAUGAAUCUGCUAGCAGCUCCUUGGGGCCAAAUCCAAUGAACUACUGAUAAUGAUGAUUCAAUGGGCAUCAAAAUGCAAGGCUGCAGGAAAACUAUAUAUGUUAUUUGUAGCUUUUGAGUUUCAUACUUUAAUUGGAC